CUCGAGCACAGAUCCAAGUAUGGAGGCAGCUGCAGUAGGUCUUCGGGACAUGGCUUCAUUCACUCCGAAGUUUAAGUUUAACCCCAAGCUGGGCAUUGAUAAUCCUGUCCUCUCCCUGGCCGAAGACCACCAGGACAGCUCUGAUCCCUGGAACCCGAAGCAGCCUCGCUUCUGUCUGCUGAGCAAGGAAGACGGCAAGAGUUUUGGUUUCCACCUGCAGCAUCAGCUGGGCAGAGCUGGACAUGUGGUAUGCAGGGUAGAGCCUGGCUCCUCUGCCCAGAAACAGGGUCUCCGAGUAGGAGACCGGAUCCUGGCAGUGAACAGCAAUGUUGUGGACCGUGAGGACCACAUAGUGGUAGUACGCCACAUCCGGGCCAGCGGUCCCCGGGUGCUGCUCACGGUCUUGGCGCAGCACGUGUAUGAGGUGGUCCGAGCUCAGCAAGAGAGCGAUGCCCGCCUCUGUCCUCUGCUAGGCCUGGGGGUCCGGCCCCGGCUGUGCCACGUAGUGAGGGAUGAGGGCGGCUUUGGCCUUAGUGUCAUCCAAGGAGCUCAAGGUUCAUGCUGGCUGGCGCUAAGUGCCGGAGGAGCAGCCGAGAGGGCAGGAGUACCCACAGGAGCGCGGCUGCUAGAAGUGAACGGGGUCAGUGUGGACAAGUUCACCUAUAACCAACUCAGCAGGAAGCUUUGGCAGAGUGGAGAGCAGGUGACCCUGCUGGUGGCAGGGCCAGAAGUAGAAGAACAGUGUCGCCAGCUGGGAAUGCCCCUCGCCGCCCCGCUGGCAGAGGGCUGGGCACUGCCCGCCACGCCCCGCUGUCUGCACCUGGAGAAGGGGCCCCAGGGCUUCGGGUUCCUGCUCCGGGAGGAGAAGGGUCCCGAUGGCCGCCUUGGACACUUCCUGUGGGAGGUGGACCCGGGACUUCCGGCUGAGAAGGCUGGGAUGCAGGACGGAGACCGGCUGGUGGCUGUGGCUGGGGAGAGCGUGGAGGGGCUGAGCCACGAGGAAACAGUGUGCAGAAUCCGAGCACAGGGCACUUACGUGUCCCUCAUUGUCCUCGACCCUGAGGCUGACCGCUUCUUUAACAUGGUUCGCCUGUCACCUCUCCUCUUCUUGGAGAACAAGGACACUGCUGCCUCCUCCCGGGAUCCUCACUCAACAUCUCGGACUGAGACUGAGGACCUACCAGUGAAAGACACAGCCUUGACUCCCUGCCCUGCUGGGUGCCGCCAGUGUUUCCUAUACCCUGGGCCUGGUGGUGGCUAUGGCUUCCGACUCAGCGGUGUGGCCAGUGGACUUUGUCUGUUUGUCUCUCAGGUGACUCCAGGAGGCUCAGCUGCCAGAGCAGGGCUGGAAACAGGAGAUGUGGUUCUGGAAGUGAAUGGGUGUGCUGUGGGCGGAGACAAAGGCCCAGAAAGGCUGCAGCAGCUGUCUGAGGCCGAGCCACCCCUCUGCCUGACGCUGGCAGCCAGGACUCAGCAGAGCUUAGAAGCCUGGAUUUCCCCAGGGUCUGGAGAGGACUGGGCUCCCACCAGUCUAUAAACCGUUCUGCUUGGCACAGAUCUACUGAAUGGCUUUCCUGUCUUCAGGCUGCAGCCUAAGACACUAGGGAUCAUCUCACAAGAUACCACCUUGAGAGAUACGAACACCACCACUCAUGGGACAAACCCACGAUUGCCCCAGGGUCCCUCACUUCAUGGGCCUACCUCCCAGCAGAGAGCAUGCUCAGAGAUUUCAGGUGGCCUAGUGGGGAGUCUGAGGCCCCAGUGCUUAGUGUGUGUGGAGCUUUGGAGAGCUGCACCUCAAGGAAGAAGUUCUUCAUGAGAAAGGAGAGCCUUGGGGGACUGCCUGGGAUUGAAGCCUUCUGGAACUUGCUCUAGAUAUGACUCCAGCAUGCUAUUGCUCAAAAAUUUGAAGACCACCUCUGUCCUGCUUCUGUGGACACCUUAGGAUUGUGGAGGCAGGUGCCUGGUCACUGUUGGUUGAAUCUUGUUAGAAAAAAUAGCCUUUUCCAAGGCUGGGGAUGUAGCUCCAUGGUAGAGCGCUUAUGUAGCACAC